CAUCGCUCCCUCUCUCUCAACUUCUUUAUCUUUCUCUUUAUUACAGUGCUUCUUUCACUAAACAUCAUACUGGUGUCUUCAGUUCCAGUGCCAUAACUUUUGGUUAAUUUCCCCUCCAUUUCUUGCAUACGAAAAGUUCGCCUUGGUAUUUGUGAUUUGUCAUCUCUCUUCAAAACGCGGAGGAGACAUCUUUGACCGUUCUUGAAAACUCGAACUGAAGCAAGAUGGGUAGAGCAGCGAGAUGGUUCAAGGGCAUUUUCGGUAUGAAAAAGAGCAAGGAGAAAGACUACCCAGUUUCCGGUGACGGAGAAUAUCUCAGCAAAGGAGGAGGAGAAGCCGGUGGGUCACUAAUCCACCAAAACGUCCUCCAAACAGACUCUGUCUGGCUCAGAACCUACUUGGCGGAAACAGACAAGGAACAGAACAAACACGCCAUUGCGGUUGCUGCCGCCACUGCUGCAGCAGCAGACGCAGCGGUUGCAGCGGCCCAAGCUGCCGUUGCGGUGGUUAGGCUAACAAGUAACGCGAAAAACGGAAGAUAUUCCGGACGGAACGGAGUUUCUGGGACCACAACGGAGCGGUGGGCCGCGGUGAAGAUUCAAAGUGUCUUCAAGGGCUAUUUGGCGAGGAAAGCGUUAAGAGCGUUGAAAGGUCUAGUGAAGCUACAAGCUCUAGUGAGAGGGUACUUAGUUCGCAAACGCGCCGCCGAAAAGCUUCAUAGCAUGCAAGCUCUUAUCAGAGCACAAACCAGCGUUAGGUCUCAACGCAUAAACCGCAACAACAUGUUUCACCCUCGACAUUCUCUUGAGAGGUUUGAUGAUUCAAGAAGCGAAAUCCAUAGCAAGAGAAUGUCAAUCUCUGUCGAGAAACAUAUCAACAACAACAACACGUACGAUGAGACCAGUCCCAAGAUUGUUGAGAUUGACACUUACAAGACUAAGUCAAGAUCGAGGAGAAUGAAUGUUGCUGUAUCCGAAUGCGGAGAUGAAGAUUUCGAAUGGAGUUUCCGUGGAGAGAAAUGUAAAUUUCCUACGGCUCAAAACACGCCAAGAUUCUCUUCUUUGGCGGCAAUGAAUAAUCAUCAUUACUACACACCGCCUUCGCCGGCAAAAAGCGUUUGCAAAGACGCUUGUUUUAGGCCUAGUUAUCCUGGUUUGAUGACACCUAGCUAUAUGGCUAACACGCAGUCGUUUAGAGCCAAGGCGCGUUCGCAUAGUGCGCCGAGACAGCGUCCUGAUAGGAAGAGGUUGUCGCUUGAUGAGAUUAUGGCGGCUAGGAGUAGCGUUAGCGGCGUGAGGAUGGUCCAACCGCAACUGCAGUUACUGAAACAGCAACAAGAGAAACGUUCUUCUUGUAAUUGUGAUCAUCAGUUUCCUCAAGAACCGGCGGGUUUUAGAUUCUAUAAUUAGAAAGAAAACGUUAUUUUCGUCCUUGAGAAGAGUACGUCAUAGAUUUGACUUUUCUUCAAGGACUACUUUGGGUGUUUUAUUUUCUCCCUUUAUUUUCGGGCUCUUAUUUUGUAAAUGUUUGGUUUGGAAAAAAUGUUAGUUUGUUUUUAAAUAUUAAAAAGUCACUU